UCUCUUCAUCACCGGGGCAGACUGAGAUGGGAGGACACUGACCGAGCAGCAGAGCUGAGCGAGCGGAGCCGUGCAUGUCCAACUCUGGCUACCCAGCAGGAAGUGUCGGCUUCCGUCUUAGGACGACCACCAUGGAGCRGAGAUAACCACUUCCUCUUUCUCUCCACCAAUCACAGCCUCUGAUGCGUAAUAACCAUGGGAGCGUGGCGAGGCCUGCGGGUGGCUUUCAUCCUUGGCUCUUUGUUUGUCAUCCUGCUGAUCAUUGUCUACUGGGACGACGUCGGAGGCUUCAACCUCUAUUCCUUCCGGGAGCUGAAACACGAGUCUGUUCAGUCCGGUUGCUGCACCGGGAUCACUACRGGCUCUGUUCUGUCUGUGUCCACCGAUCGAACGCAGACCAGAACCCCCGUCGCUGUGUACAACGCCGCCUCUGCAGCUACGCUUUUCUCAAAAGGAGCAGCUCAGGAAGUCACAGAUGUGGAGCAAAAAGAGAUGGAGUCGGAGGAGGCGAGGACUGCUGAUGGUGGUGAACAGAAGGCGCGGCAGCAGAGGGUCCUGGAUGUGUGUCUAGGAAAGGACGAUGUGGAUUUUCCUGGAAGGACUCGAGCGUUUGAACAGAUUCCUAUCAGGGAACUGGACCACCUGAUUGUGGAUGAUACACAUCAGAUUAUUUACUGCUACGUCCCCAAGGUAGCGUGCACCAACUGGAAGAGAGUCAUGGUGGUCCUGUCUCAGUCUCUGAUCUCCCCCUCCACUGGAAAACCUUACACGGACCCGGAGGCUGUGCCUGCUGACCUCGUACAYAACUCCUCUCUACACCUCACCUUUGCCAAGUUCUGGCGACACUACGGUUCACUGUCCCGCCACCUGAUGGCGCUCAAGCUCCAGCACUACACCAAGUUUCUGUUUGUCCGAGAUCCAUUUGUGCGCCUCAUCUCUGCCUUCAGGAACAAGUUUGGAAGGCCCAACGAGGACUUCUACAGGCACUUCGGUUCGGUUAUGUUGCGCCGUUACGGCAACGCGUCCGAGGGUUUGGCAGAGACGGCUGCUGAGGCGUUCGCAGCAGGAAUCAAACCCACAUUUCAUCAGUUUGUCUCGUACCUCCUCGAUCCUGAGACUGAGAGGAAAAGCAUCUUUAAUGAACACUGGCGGCAGGUGUAUCGUCUGUGCCAUCCAUGUCAGGUAAAAUACGACUUCAUUGGUCGACUGGAAACUCUGGAAACUGACUCGGAGCGCCUGCUGAAGCUGCUGAAUGUGGAUCACCUUCUACGAUUCCCUUUAGGAGCCAGAAACCGAACAGAAGCCAGCUGGGAAAGGGACUGGUUUUCCCAGAUACCUGUUACUAAAAGGAGAGAACUGUAYAAGUUGUACGAAGCAGACUUUGAGCUGUUUGGAUACCCCAAGCCUGACUACAUGUUUCACCAGUAGACCAAAGGCUUGGGGACCACCCUACGGACUGAUGCACAGCCCGGUUCUGCUUCUUAACACCAGUCUGUGAUGCUAUUGGACUCAUUUCUUAGCACACCUCAAAUGACAAAGUGCCUGUCAGUGUGUCAUUUUUAUAAUGUCCGGUAUCCAUCAUGUGCCUGUUUAUAGUUCUCAGCUGUUUCACUCCAUGUUAAAAAAAACAUGAUUAGAUUUUAUUAAAAUGAUAUCCUGUGAUGCAGGAA